UCUUCUGCCAGGACGAAACGCCAAAAUGCAGCCUGUGCCCCUGCACAGCCUUUCGGAGUUGGAAAGAGCCAGCCUGCGAGAGAUUGCUCUCUUCCAGCUGCGGGAGAAGCUGCCCGUUGGAGACCUCAGCCUGGCCAAAGCUGGAUCUAAAGGCAGUAAAUCUAUCCGCCAGAAACUGGAGAGCUUUUCAAAGGAGAAGAAAGACUGCUCUCCUCAGACUUUUGGGAUCCCGCUCUUCCAAGUCAUCGCCAAUGACCGUGCCUACAAGCAACUGCAGGAAGCAGUGAAGAAGAGCCGCCGGUUCUGCCUGGAGGUGGAAGCGACAGUGACGAGAUUUCGGGCUCAGAGGCAGAAGAGGUCCCCGAUGGGCAGGAGCUGUCGCCUGGUACCCUGUGGGGUCUUCCCGGAGGAGCCGCUUUCCCCAACUUUUCUCGACAGCAGCUCCUGGAGCCAGCGAAGGGGGGCAAUGUCCGUGGACUCCAUCACUGACCUGAGUGACAACACUUCCAAGCUGCUGGAGGCCCUGCAGUUGUCACACCCCCACGAGCUGGAUCCACGGAGAAGCCUGGGCAAGAAAAAGAUGUUGAGCCUCAACCCCAUCACCUGGCAGGUCCCGCGGAUUGUGGACAGAUGUUGCAAACAUAUUGAAACGCACGGUCUCCAAACGGUGGGCAUCUUCCGGGUUGGGAGCUCCAAGAAAAGAGUUCAGCAGCUGAGGGAAGAGUUUGACCGAGGACUGGAUGUUUUCUUGGAUGAGCAUCAAAGCGUUCAUGAUGUCGCUGCUCUGCUCAAAGAGUUUCUUCGGGACAUGCCGGAUUCACUGAUUCCCAGGGAGCUCUAUGCAGCCUUCCUCAGCACAGCCUCCAUGGAGGGCCCGGCACAGCUGGCCGCCCUCCAGCUGCUGCUCUUCCUGCUGCCGCCCUGCCACAGCGACACGCUGCACCGGCUCCUGCGGUUCCUCAGCGAGGUGGCCCGGCACGCCGAGAGCUCCUGGGGCCCCGACGGCCAGGAGAUUCCUGGGAAUAAAAUGACAGUUUCAAACUUGGCCACAAUCUUUGGUCCCAACAUCCUUCAGAAAGAGAAGCCUGGGGAGAAAGACGCUGGUGCCAUGAACUUUGAAGACAGCGCUGCCAUCAUACUGGUGCUCCAGAGGUUGAUUGAGCACUACCAGACCUUGUUCAUGGUCUCUCCAGAAAUGCAACGUGACGUCCUAAGGAGGCUGUUUCAGACAGACCCCGAUGUCAUCGACCACCUUUUGCGCAGGAAGUUCAACGCCGUGCCGAGCACGGAAAGUGAGGACGCUCCCUCCCCGCUGCCGGGUCAGACCCGCACCCUGGAGAGCAGCUCGGUCUCAUCAGAGUUGUACAGCAACGUCUCAUUCCUAAACCUGGACGUUGGCAUCUAG